AUGCAGACCGAAGAGCCCAAGGUCGGCCAUGAGCAGCCCAGCUCUAAGGAACUGCCGUCAAACCAGGUUGUUAAUGAAUCUAGAGGUGAAUCCAGUGGCGAUGUCGAAAAAUAUCAGCCUACGCCGCUUUCGAGCAACAUCACCUUGAUAUGUUGUUACCUGGCCAACUUCAGCGACGGUUUUCAAAACCAGAUGGCCAAUCCCACCAACGUUAUCCUUGGUCACGUUCUCGGCAAAGAUUACAGCAAGGGCAUGAAGACCCGAAUCAGCAACUCGCUGCUCGUCGGCAUCAUCCUUGGGACAGUCGUCCUGGGGCAUACAUCGGACAUGUAUUCGCGCAAGGCCAGUCUAUUGCUGACUUCCGGACUUGUGGUUGGCGGAGAGUAUCCAGCUAGUGCUGCCGCUGGCCUCGAGGAGUCGGAUGACGUGAGAUCGAUGUUCGUCUCCUUCACCACCCUCAUGGCCACCACUGGAGCACCAGCCUGUCUAUUCGUCUACCUCAUGUCCCUCAUCGCAAGCGGAUACGACGUCACAGUCGCGUUACACGCCGUCUACUCGGUAGCCACCAUCCUUCCGCUACUCAUCAUGCUCAUGCGUGUCUUCAUGACCGACUCCAAGCUCUUCCACAACUCCAACCUGAAGCAAACCAAGAGGCCCGUCAGAGUGUCCCUGGCCCUGCUCCGCCGCUACUGGCGCCGUAUUUUCACGACAUCCCUAUCCUUCUUCCUGUACGACUUCAUCAACUUCCCCAACAGCAUCAUGCCCAGCUCCCUCAUCGCCUCCCUCGUGCCCAACUCGUCGAGCCAGAUACGCACCACGGCCAUCUGGCAGCUCAUCCUAGCCGUCAUCGUCGUCCCCGGCCCUAUCGUCGGCGCCUACCUUGCCAACACGCGCCUUCUCGGCCGCCCAUACACGGGCAUGCUCGGUUUCCUGGGGUACCUCGUCCUCGGCAUCUGUUUCGGCCAUAUGGGGCCCGGGUGGACUAUCGGGCUUAUCUCGAGUGAGGCGUUCCUGACGGUCGUCCGGAGCAUGGGAUACUCGAUCGCGGAUGCGGCGGGCAAUGCGAGUACGUUUUAUCUUUUGGCUGGGGUCGCGGCGUUGGGCAUGGGCGUUUAUUGGUUCUUGCCUGAGGGGAGGGAUUUGGAUCUUGAGAGGGAGGAUGCGGAGUUGAGGGGGUGGUUGGGAGAGAUGGGGGAGAAGAUGAUGUAGUAGGGUAAGUUGGAAGGAGCAGAAUGGAUAGGCCGUGGGAGGAUGUUUACUUAAGUCGAAUCACCACCUAGCAAAAAUUGUGAGAAAUUCCAGGCGCCGGCUAUCAACUUGUUGCAGUGAUCAACCAUCCACUGCGAUGCUCAUUUUUCAACUGAAACCUUUGGAUGUAUGUAUAGAUACACUGUAUAGCUGAGUGCACUAUUGGAUGGCGUAGGAAAUCCGCAUGCAGGCUUACCACCAUAUAUC